AUGGGCAUCAAGCAGCAGCAUGCCACCACUCGUGCAGCAGCUGCCGCCGUGCUGCUGCUCGUGGCGGCCGCCCGUGGCGCAGCGGCACAAGGAUACGGCAGAGGAGGUCGAUAUGAAUAUGGCGGUAGUGAUGACGGUGGUGGUGGCGUUGGGUACGGUGGUCAUCACUGGGGAGGCGGAGGUGGAUACGGGUAUGGCCGUAGUAGUGAUGACGGUGGUCAUCACUGGGGAGGCGGUCUGAGCAUGGAUUACUACUCCAUGACGUGCCCGCACGCCGACGAGAUCGUGCGCGGCGUGGUCUUCAAGGCGCUGGAAAAGGACCCGAACCUCGCCGCGUCCCUGCUCCGGCUCCACUUCCAUGACUGCUUCGUCCGCGGCUGCGACGCCUCCGUGCUCCUCGACUCCACCAAGGCACACGGCACCGCCGAGAAGGACGCGCUCACCAACAAGUCUUUGCGCGGCUUCGAGGUCAUCGACGCCGUCAAGGCCGCCCUGGAGGCGCAGUGCCCCGGCACCGUCUCCUGCGCCGACGUGCUGGCCCUCGCCGCCCGGGACUCCGUCUACAUGGCCGGGGACCUCUACUACAUGGUGCCCAUGGGACGCAAGGACGGUUACGUCUCCCGCGCCGCUGACACCUCCGCGCUCCCCGCCGCGACGCUCAAUGCGUCCGAGCUCAUCAAGGUGUUCGUCCGUGACCACGGCUUCACGGUGCCGGAGCUCGUCGCGCUCUCCGGCGGCCACACGCUGGGCCAGGCCCACUGCGCCAACUUCAAGAACCGGCUCAGUGGCUUGGGCAACAGGGUGGACCCCACGAUGGACGCCUGGAUGGCGGCAUCGCUGGCGAAGACGUGCAAGAAGGGCGGCGACGGGGCCACAGCCAAGCUCGACGCCACCAGCAACGCCUUCGACGCCGAGUACUUCAAGGGCUUGCAGGCCAGGAGGGGUCUGCUCACGUCCGACCAGACGCUGCUCAACGGGUCGCCGGAGACGGCCAUGUAUGUGAACCAGUUCGCGGACAGCCCGGACGCCUUCUUCGACGCGUUCGUGCAGGGCAUGGGAAGGAUGGGUCAGCUGGAUCUCAACUCCGACGGCAACGUGAGGAUCAGCUGCAGGGUGAUCAACUAAUUUCAACUGUGCAUGCAGGGUACAGCAUGAAAAAUACAGUAAUAACUAAUUAAGGUUAUUGAUCGAUGUUGGGUCUGGGAGGCAGCAGCGUCUACCUGCAGCUUAUGAUACUUAUUUGUAUUUGCAGUGCAACUCUGAAACCAUUUUAAUUUGUAGUAGGCUUGAAU